AUGGAAUCGGCGGGGAACGACCGGAGGGACGCGGCGCUGGGGAGCCUGGCGGUGCUCCCCGACGAGCUGCUCUGCGCCAUCGUCGACCUCCUCCAGCCCACCGACAUCGGCCGCCUCGCAUGCGUCAGCAGUAUCAUGUACAUACUUUGCAACGAGGAACCUCUCUGGAUGAGUAAAUAUCUUUCUGUUGGUGGUCAUCUUGAGUACAAAGGUUCCUGGAAGAAAACAACAUUGUCUAGGCUUAGUCUUCGCUCCGGAAAUAGUGAGCUUGAGCAGAAGGCUCAUCAUUUUGAUGGUAUGGUACAUCUACUUUAUGUUUGUUCUAUUUGCCUUGUUUAUCUCCCUAUUCAUACUUAUUUUCAUGCAGGAUUCAAUUACUUGUUCUUAUACAGGAGAUGGUAUAGAUGUUUUACUACUUUGAGUAGUUAUUCCUUUGACAAUGGACAUGUGGAAAGAAAGGAUGACCUUUCUUUGGAUCAUUUCCAUUCUCAGUAUGAUGGAAAAGGCCCAGUUUUGCUUGGUAAGCUGGCUGAAACCUGGCCAGCAAGGACUAAAUGGACAAUUCAGCAGCUGGUGCAUGAUUAUGGUGAAGUUACAUUUAGGAUAUCACAGAGAAGCCCUAAGAAGAUAAUAAUGAAACUGAAAGACUAUGUUUCUUACAUGGAACUCCAGCAUAACGAAGAUCCUCUUUAUAUAUUUGAUGAUAAGUUUGGAGAAACAACACCAGCACUAUUGGAAGAUUACAGAGUCCCUCAUUUAUUUCAAGAAGAUCUUUUUGGUGUCUUGGAUUAUGAACAAAGACCUGCUUUCAGAUGGCUUAUUAUUGGACCAGAAAGAUCAGGUGCCUCUUGGCAUGUUGAUCCAGGAUUAACCAGUGCGUGGAAUACUCUUCUUUGUGGCCGAAAAAGAAUUUCUUGCCUAUUGGCUCUUUAA